CCGCUUAAUUCGCCCGCCAGUAUUUUCAGCAACCACUCCAUUAAAUCCCCAAAUCCACAUAAACCCUAAAAAUCUCUUCUUCCAUUCACAAAACCCCCAAAUCUUCCAAAUUGCAAACAUCAAAACCCUAGCGCCCAAUGCAACAACAUCUCCUAUCAUCAUCAUCAUCGUCAAAUUAGUUCCACACUCUUCCAGAUUAUCAUCAUCAUCAUCUCAACCGUCAACAAUUAGCAUUCUCCGACGAAGAUGUCGCGCGAAAACGAGAUCGGAAUACGCGAUAUUGUCAAAGCGAGUGUCGUUGUCAGUGACCGAAUCGGUAGAGAUGUUUCAGCGCAGCUUGAUUUGGAAGAAGCUCUAGAAGCUUCUAGAUAUACUAGUCAUCCUUACUCUACUCACCCUAGAGAGUGGCCUCCAUUGGUCGAAGUAGUAGAUAGCAGGGAAUUACCCUCAGUACUCAUCGAAAGAUAUAAUGCUGCUGGUGGUGAAGGCACGGCCUUAUGUGGAAUAUUUCCUGAAAUCCGUAGAGCAUGGGCAUCUGUUGAUAAUUCUCUAUUCCUCUGGCGGUUUGAUAAAUGGGAUGGUCAAUGCCCCGAAUACAGUGGUGAAGAACAAGCUAUAUGUGCUGUCGGUUUGGUCAAAACCAAGCCCGGAAUUUUUGUAGAAGCUAUUCAAUAUCUUUUAGUCUUGGCAACUCCCAUUGAGUUGCUUCUUAUUGGAGUAUGCUGCUCUGGAAGUGGUGAUGGAUCGGACCCGUACGCAGAGGUUUCACUACAACCGUUACCUGAAUACACGAUACCAUCUGAUGGAGUUACUAUGACAUGUAUUGCAUGCACAAAUAGAGGUCAUAUUUUCUUGGCGGGCCGUGAUGGGCAUAUUUAUGAACUGCAUUAUUCUACGGGUUCGGGUUGGUACAAACAGUGCCGUAAAGUUUGUUUGACAGCUGGCCUUGGUAGUGUGGUUUCAAGGUGGGUGGUACCAAAUGUAUUCAAAUUCGGGGCUGUGGACCCCAUUGUCGAAAUGGCUGUUGAUAACGAGAGGCACAUUUUGUAUGCCCGGACCGAAGAAAUGAAAAUUCAAGUCUAUUCAUUAGGUCAGGAUGGUAACGGGCCACUUAAAAAGGUGACAGAGGAGAAGAACUUAAUCAAUCAGCGGGAACUGCAUAGUAGCGGCAGGCAGGCGGCAGCAUCCAGAUCUUCCGCUAGACCAACAAAAACUUCUAUAGUUUCAAUAUCUCCUUUAUCUAUCGUAGAGUCAAAAUGGCUGCAUCUUGUAGCAAUUUUGUCUGAUGGAAGAAGAAUGUAUCUUACAACCACUAAAUCCAGUGGAACUUUCGGUAAUAAUCUUCAAAAACCAAGUUGCUUGAAGGUUGUCACGACUCGACCCGCACCUCCGUUGGGUGUGGGUGGCGGGUUAUCAUAUGGGCCACUUUCUCUUGCUGGUCGAUCGCAAAGCGAAGAUCUUUCGUUAAAGAUUGAGUCAGCACAUUACUCAUCCGCAACACUUGUUCUUUCUGAUUCAUCUCCUUCGACUACUUCAUCACUUCUAAUCGCAAACCGAGAUUCAACUUCAACCACACAGUCAACAUCUUCAUCCACUAACUUAGGGACAAGUGUCAGAAGCUCAAGGGCAUUAAGAGAAUGCGUUUCUACUCUCCCGAUUGAAGGACGAAUGCUGGCUGUAGCUGAAGUUCUACCGUUACCCGAAACAGCUGCAACCGUGCAUUCAUUGUAUUCGCAACUUGAGUUUGUCGGAUACGAUAAUUUCGGUGAGUCGUUCGAGAAGUUGGCUGGAAAACUAUGGGCUAGAGGUGAUUUGCCAACUCAGCAUAUACUGCCACGUAGGCGGAUGAUUAUUUUUAGUACAAUGGGGAUGAUGGAACUUGUUUUCAAUCGACCCGUAGACAUUUUAAGACGGCUGCUUGAGUCAAACACACCAAGAACAAUACUCGAGGAUUUCUUUAACCGAUUCGGGCCCGGUGAGGCUGCUGCCAUGUGUCUAAUGCUGGCUGCACGGAUCGUACACACAGAAAAUUUCAUAAACAAUGUUGUUGCUGAGAAGGCGGCUGAAGCCUUUGAAGACCCACGGGUCGUGGGUUUACCCCAGGUUGACGGUAGCGGGGCAUUGGCUAACACCCGAACUGGAGCCGGUGGGUUUAGCAUGGGUCAAGUGGUUCAAGAGGCUGAACCCGUAUUCUCCGGUGCACAUGAAGGGUUAUGUUUGUGUGCUUCACGGUUGCUUCUGCCUGUUUGGGAGCUACCCGUUAUGAGUUCCUCCGACGCCGCUAACGAAAAUGGAAUAGUCGGGUGCCGACUUUCGGUGGAAGCAAUGCAAGUUCUAGAAGAUAAACUUCGGUCUCUCGAAAAGUUUUUACGAUCUAGGAGGAAUCAAAGAAGAGGACUUUACGGUAGUGCUGGUUUGGGAGAUUUGACGGGCUCUAUUUUGAUUGGGACGAUUGCUGACGUGGCAACUGGUGAUAGGAGUAUGACAAGGAACAUAUACAGUCCGUAUUCUCGGAAUUUAGAGUCCGGUGCAGCAGGCACGUCUAAUAAAAGGCAACGACUUCCUUACAGUCCUGCAGAAUUGGCUUCCAUGGAGGUGAGGGCUAUGGAGUGUGUAAGGCAGCUGUUGCUUAGAUGUGGUGAAGCUUUAUUUCUCCUCCAGCUUCUUUCGCGGCAUCACGUCACUCGGUUAAUUCAAUCCUUUGACUCAAGUACGAAGCAGGCGUUAAUUCAGUUAACUUUUCACCAGCUCGUCUGCUCUGAAGAUGGUGAUAGACUUGCUACAAGGCUUGUAUCUGCUCUAAUGGAGUAUUACACGGGUCCAGACGGUAGGGGAACGGUGGAUGAUAUUAGCGGCAGGUUACGUGAAGGUUGUCCAAGUUUUUAUCAAGAAUCUGAUUACAAAUUCUACUUGGCUGUUGAGUGUCUCGAGAGAGCUGCUGCUGCUACUAAUAACGAUGAGAGAGAAACACUUGCUAGAGAUGCCUUCAGUAAACUGAGCGGUGUUCCUGAGUCUGCAGAUCUCCAAACCGUUUGCAAACGGUUCGAGGACUUGAGAUUUUAUGAAGCUGUGGUUCGAUUGCCUCUACAAAAGGCACAGGCUUUAGACCCUGCAGGAGAUGCUAUGAAUGAACAACUUGAGGCUGGAGCCCGGGCCCACGCAUUUGCUCAGAGACAACGGUGCUAUGACAUCAUCACUAGUGCGUUACGGUCUCUAAAAGGCGAAGCGUCACAGAGAGAAUUCGGGUCACCAAUCAGACCGUCUGCACAGUCUUCGCUUACUCCAGCUGCUAGAAAGAAAUACAUAUGCCAGAUUAUUCAACUUGGAGUGCAAUCAUCCGAUAGAAUCUUUCAUGAGUAUCUGUACCGAACCCUUAUUGAUUUAGGGCUUGAGGAUGAACUGUUGGAGUUCGGUGGGCCUGAUUUAGUACCUUUCUUACAGAACGCGGGUCGCGAGCCUACAACAGGAGCUUCUCCACUGGGACAUUCGGGAGCACCGAUUCCCGCUCACCAAACGAAAUACUUUGAGCUUUUAGCACGUUACUACGUACUAAAACGGCAGCAUGUUCUUGCAGCACAUGUACUCUUACGGUUAGCAGAAAGGCGAUCCAACGGCUUGGAAAAUUUCUCCACACUCGAUCAAAGACGCCAAUACCUAAGCAAUGCGGUUAUUCAGGCUAAAAGUGCAAGUGAUGGUGACAGUUUAACAAAUUCUUCUAGAGAUAGUGGGUUACUAGAUUUGCUUGAGGGGAAACUAACCGUUUUACAAUUUCAAAUUAAAAUCAAAGAGGAACUUGAGAGGCUUGUUUCUAAGUUAGAGUCUGCUCCUAGUACAUCCGAAUCUGCCCCAAGUAAUUCUGAAGCUGAAUAUCUUCAAACGGUAAAGGAAAAAUUGAAGGAGUUAUCGUUGGAUUUAAAAAGCAUCACGCAAUUAUACAAUGAAUAUGCUGUUCCAUUUGAGCUUUGGGAGAUAUGUUUAGAAAUGCUAUAUUUCGCAAGCUAUUCUGGUGAUACUGACAGUAGCAUUGUAAGGGAUACGUGGGGCCGACUGAUGGAUCAAGCUCUCUCAAAGGGCGGUAUUGCCGAAGCUUGUGCUGUAUUAAAGAGGAUCGGUUCACAUGUUUAUCCAGGAGACAGUGCCGUUUUACCUUUAGAUACAUUAUGCUUACAUCUUGAGAAAGCUGCGUUGGAUCGAUUUGUUUCGGGAGCUGAAAUAGUUGGUGACGAGGAUGUUGCAAGAGCGCUUCUGGCAGCUUGCAAGGGGGCAGUAGAACCGGUUUUGAACACGUAUGAUCAGUUGUUGUCUAGUGGUGCGGUCUUGUUGUCACCAACUCUGAAAUUGAGGCUUUUGCGGUCGGUGCUGGUUGUGCUCCGGGAAUGGGCCGUAUCUACUUCUGCACGUGGAAUGGGUUCAAGCCCAAUUGGGACUUCACUAAUUCUCCGUGGAACGUUUUCAAUGGAUCAAAGAACUGCGAUAAGUCAUGGAGUUCGUGAUAAGAUUGCAAGUGCUGCAAACAGGUAUAUGACUGAAGUACGGAGACUGGCGUUGCCGCAGAGCCAAACGGACGCGGUUUACAGAGGUUUUAAAGAGCUUGAAGAGUCCCUUUUAACUUCCUUUUCUUUUGAGCGAUUUUAACCUUCUUUUUUCGUCUUUGUUACUGUCGAUUUUAUUGUAUGUGUUAUAUGGCUAAUGAUUAUAUCAUUGAAAAGAAUAAGAAUUUUGUCAUUAGUGCCGAUAUUUUUCUCUUCUUGUUUGUACUAUUUGUUUAGAACACAGAAAUGACACAUCUGUAACAUGUGUGUUUUAGAUUGUUUUGUUCCCCUCUUUCAUGUAUUAGUAAACAAUCAUGAGAUUUUGCAGAAAAUGUCAUCAAUUUUGGUUGCUUAAAUGAUUAAA